UGCACUCAGUGGCUGGCAUUUCUUCACUUAGUUUUCUUCCCAGUUGCCCAGUGGGACAGUUGGGUCUCAGCACCUCAAGCGGUUCCAUCAAAUCCACAACUCAACCAACAACUCAACCAGCCAUGAGCAAGUCCUACAGCUCCUCAGCCCAGAGUGCUUCCUCGUAUCGUCGCACCUUUGGCUCUGGUGUUGGGUCAACACCACUGUCAUCGAUGUUCUCUUCCUCUCUAGGAGGAGCCCACAGCUCCGCUUCCAGCCGUAUGUCUAGCAGAGUCUACGAAGUCAAGAGCACCGGCAUUCCCUCUUAUUCUAGCUUCAAGUUGUCUUCUGGGGCCGGGCUCGGCUCCUCCACGGCCAUGCGCACCUAUGCCGGGGAGAAGCUCGACUUCAACCUUGCAGACGCCAUGAACCAAGACUUCCUCAACACAAGGACCAAUGAGAAGGCCGAGCUUCAGCACCUCAAUGACCGCUUUGCUAGCUACAUUGAGAAGGUGCGUUUCCUGGAGCAGCAGAAUGCCGCGCUGACAGUGGAGAUCGAGAAGCUCAGGGGCCGCGAGGGGCCUGGGCGUGUGGCUGAGCUGUAUGAGGAGGAAAUGAGGGAGCUGAGGAGGCAGAUAGAGGCCCUCACCAACCAGCGUUCCAGAGUGGAGGUGGAGAGAGACAACCUGGCUGAUGACCUGCAGAAACUUAAGCUCAGACUGCAAGAAGAGAUUCACCAGAAGGAAGAAGCUGAGAACAACCUGUCUGCUUUCAGAUCUGAUGUGGACAGUGCCACUCUCGCUAGGCUGGACCUGGAGAGACGUAUUGAGAGUCUGCAAGAAGAGAUUGCCUUCCUCAAGAAGAUUCAUGAAGAGGAAAUCCGUGAGCUGCAGAGCCAGAUUCAGGACACUCAGGUGCAGAUCCAGAUGGAUAUGUCUAAGCCCGACCUCACUGCUGCUCUGAGGGACAUCCGCAUGCAGUACGAAGCCAUUGCUGCCAAAAACAUUGCAGAGGCUGAAGAAUGGUACAAGUCUAAGGUGUCUGAUCUGAACCAGGCCGUGAACAAGAACAAUGAUGCACUGCGUCAGGCCAAGCAGGAAACCAUGGAAUUCAGACACCAGAUCCAGUCCUACACUUGCGAGAUUGACUCACUGAAGGGCACUAAUGAGUCUCUGCUGCGCCAGAUGAGAGACAUGGAGGAUCGCAUGGCCCGCGAGGCUACUGGUUACCAAGAUACCAUUGCACGGCUCGAGGAAGAUAUUGCUAAGAUGAAAGAUGAUAUGGCCCGCCACCUGAGGGAGUACCAGGACCUCCUCAAUGUGAAGAUGGCCCUUGAUAUUGAAAUUGCCACCUACCGCAAGCUGCUGGAAGGAGAGGAGAGCAGAAUCACUACCACCAUACCUGUCCAGUCUGCUUAUUCUUCCAUUGGAUUCAGAGAGACCAGUCCUGAGUCCCAGCAUCAGCGCUCAUCAGAGGUUCACUCCAAGAAGACUGUUGUCAUCAAGACCAUUGAGACCCGCGAUGGAGAGGUUGUCAGUGAGUCGACACAGCACCAGCAAGACAUCAUGUAAACAAGAAGAAACAACGUCACCAAUAAUGAAAUCUUUUCCUAUUAGAAUUACAAUGAUUAAUAAGCUGUGCCUACUUUUAGAUACAAAAUGCUGACCAUUUUAUGUAACCAGUCAUGGAAGUGAAAUUUAACCACUGUACAUCCAUACAUAAAUUACUUUAAGCGUCACAGGAAAGACGCAGUGUAGAGGCACAAUGCCUUCAGCCUUGUUUUAAAUGAAGGGCAUUCCAGGAUGUUUUUCUUUAUUUGUGUUACUUUUCGCUGCAAACAAAAGUAUCUUGCAUCUAUCUUGUCUGCAAAAAUAUUUUAGUGGUAAGAGUAAUGUUUCAAAUGAAUACAGCUCGUACUGCCGAAUUAUCCCAUCAUCCGCUGUAAGAAUCAAUGGCAGAUAAAUUUCACUGUGUGUAUUUCAGGAUUUUUACAUGUGUAUGCACAUCGAUUGAUUAAGAUAGGCUAUCUCUGUAACGGAUUCAAGGAAAGUGAGAUGUUGGUUUGAAAAGGGAGCUCAGUUGUGUUUUGACCUUUGAGCUCUCCAGCAUGUGCUACGUGUCUGAUGGUAUGUGUAUGAGUAACCAUGGUAUCCUCCUUCGCUCUGACAAAAACUCAAAUAAAAGAUUUCACUUGCUGGGCAGAAA